ACCAAAUAUUGCUUAAUAAAUUAACACAGGUUUCUGUAAAAUGUAUAUUAAACUUAAUUUAAAUGCAAAAUAUUGUCAAACCAUACUAUCAUCUGCUUAUAAAAUGCCCAUGUAUCAAUAUUUAACAUCUAGACAUUUACUCAUCAAGAGUUCCAAUGGUAUAAAAGAAAGUUGUCUAAAAAAAUUCUUCAAGAAAUCUUUACAAAUAGCUUCAAUUACGUUUGGUGUAUCAUUGUUAACAUUUGGAGGAUACUUACUUGUGAUUGAAGAUGAAGAAUUAAUUAUAAAUGAAAAUAAAGAUAUUCCCUUUAUUUUUAAAAUAUAUGAAUGGAUAUGUUUUAGAAUUGAAUUUUACCACAAAAUGUUAACAAUUCCAGCAACUAAUAAGCUGUUACCAGAUCCAUUACCAGAUUAUUAUGAUAAACCUCAUUAUACGCUUGUGUUUGAAAUGACAGAUCUUCUUGUACAUCCUGAGUGGAGUUAUAGUACAGGUUGGAGAUUCAAAAAGAGGCCAAAUGUUGAUUAUUUUCUGGAAAGAGUUGGGAAGAUUUUUGAAGUAGUUGUCUAUACAGCAGAAAAUGGUUACAUUGCUUCUCCAAUAUUGGAUGAAAUUGAUCCUAAAGGUUGGAUUCAAUAUCGGUUAUCACGCCAAUGUACUGAAUUUCGAAAUGGUCAAUUAAUAAAAAAUAUGGAAAGAAUCAAUCGUGAUUUAGCAAAAGUCAUUGUAAUAGAUUGGAAUUCAAGCUGGACACAAAGUCAACCUGAUAAUACUUUAAUAAUACCUAGAUGGAAUGGUGAUGAUAAUGAUAAUUCUCUUAUUGAUCUGGCAGACUUUUUAAAAGCUGUAUUUUCAAAUGAAAAAAAAGAUGUUAGAGAAAUUUUAAAAGAAUAUAAGCAAUAUGAUGAUCCUAUUAAUGCAUUCCGAGAAAAUCAAAGAAUAUUAAAGAAAGAAAAUAAGAAAGGAGAAGAAAACAUUGAAGAAGAAAUAAUUAAAACACAAACUAUUGAAAAUAACAGUAAAUCAUGGUUUUCAUGGAUACCAUGGUUUUAUUAAAUCCUAUUCAUUUUCAUCAAAUUUUUAACUAAUUACUCAUAAAGUCUAUUUUUAUCUUCCCUUCUUAUUAUUAAAAAUAAAAAUAAAAUAAUAUAUAGUUCAAUUGUUAACCUAUCAGACUAUGAUGAACAUAAGUAAAUACAGAUACAUUAAAAACAUGUUU